AUUUUCCAAAGCGCGCGUAUUGUGGGAAUUGCGUGUGUGCUUCAGGAUAGCAGCAUAGUUUAGUAAAAUACCCCAAUUUAAUGUUCUUUGUGCGCAUCAUUUUAACACCAAUCGAGUCAACACUGAUCCAUCCAUUUUGUUAUCCAGUUCUGCCACGAUGAAGAAAUCGGCCAGUGCAUCCUCUUCGUCCAUCGGACCGGCGGCGAAAAAACAGAAACCCAAUGAACCGGAACCACCGGUCGAGGCAGCAUCGGCAUCCAAAGCGAACGACAACUUUGUAGCUCUUUUCAAAACAGACCGGAAAGCAACGGCCAAGUCGGUGCUGGAUUUCGACUUCAAAAAGAAACGUGUGCGCGUGCUAUCGGACGCCAAGGAAAUAGAGGAAGGUAAAAAGGGAGUUCUCUAUUGGAUGUCACGGGAUGUGCGCGUACAGGACAACUGGGCAUUCCUGUUUGCCCAGAAGCUGGCACUGAAAAACGAGCUGCCGCUGCACGUGUGCUUCAACCUUGUUCCGAAGUUUCUCGACGCCACCAUACGGCACUUUAAAUUCAUGCUCAAAGGCUUGGAAGAGGUAGCGCAGGAAUGCGAACGGCUGAACAUUCAGUUCCAUCUGCUGCGGGGCAACGCUGCCCAGAAUGUGCCGGAGUUUGUGAACAAGCACAAAAUAGGUGGCGUCGUGUGUGACUUCAGUCCACUGCGUGUCCCGGCGAAGUGGGUGGAAGAUGUCAAGAAAGCACUACCUCUCGAGGUUCCAUUGUGCCAGGUAGAUGCGCACAAUAUCGUUCCAGUGUGGGUGACUUCCGACAAGCUGGAAUACGCUGCCCGUACGAUCCGCAACAAGGUGAACAAUAAUUUGUCGACCUAUUUGACGCCGUUCCCUCCGGUCAUAAAGCAUCCACACACUGCGUCCUCACAAGCCAAACCGAUUGACUGGUCGAAAGUAUUGGACACGCUGGAAGUCGACCGGUCCGUGGACGAAGUGACAUGGGCCACUCCCGGCUACGAAGGUGGUGUUAAGACACUUCAACGUUUCGUCGAGAAACGCCUUGUUAAAUUUAACAGCAAACGUAACGACCCAACGCAAAAUGCGCUCUCUAACCUUUCACCCUGGUUCCACUUCGGUCAAAUAUCCGUCCAGCGCUCUAUCCUGACCGUGAAAAGCUAUGGCAAACGGUUCAACGAAAGUGUGGCUUCAUUCUGCGAGGAAGCGAUUGUACGUCGUGAGCUUUCCGACAACUUUUGCUUCUACAAUAAAAACUACGACAACCUGCAGGGAGCGUACGAUUGGGCACGCAAAACGCUGGACGAUCACAGGAAAGACAAGCGUGUGUACUGCUAUUCGCGCGAGGAGCUCGAAACGGCCAAAACGCAUGAUGAUCUAUGGAACUCAGCCCAGCUGCAGAUGGUGAAGGAAGGCAAGAUGCACGGGUUCCUGCGAAUGUACUGGGCGAAGAAGAUACUCGAGUGGACCAUGUCGCCCGAGGAAGCGCUCGAGACGGCGAUCUACUUGAACGAUCGCUACAGCCUAGAUGGGCGCGAUCCGAACGGGUACGUCGGUUGCAUGUGGUCGAUCGCUGGAAUUCACGAUCAGGGUUGGAAAGAACGGGACAUCUUCGGUAAAAUCAGAUAUAUGAACUACGAAGGUUGCAAAAGAAAGUUUGAUGUGAACGCGUUUGUCAUUCGAUAUGGUGGAAAGGUUCAUCGCCGUAAGUGAACCACGCCGCUUAUAAAUCCAGUUUGAUAUUUGAUAAAAUCUAAGAGUCACGUUUAACGGUUCUUACUAUUUGUCCUUAAUUUUAAUAUUGCACGUAUUUGUUUGCUGCUAGAAGGCAUACGUUAUUUUUGUUUCGAUAAGUUUGAUAAGUUUCACUAACACUGCCAUGAACGUGUUACCCGUUUUACUUGGCUGUCUACCUCGAAAAACGCAGUAAAUGUGUUGAACAAACCACUUAAAAGGCCCUGUAUUAUUCAACAAACGCAUGCCGAUAGUACCUG